GUCGUUCUGUUUGUGUCUUUUUUUCUCUCCCCUCCUCGCUCUAGAAGGUUCUAUUUAUAAUAUUCAGAUUGCGGCAAUAGCUUGACUGUAAUUCAGUCACUCACGGGUGGCGUUGGGGAAUCAUAUGACUCCUCUCCUCUCUCCCCUCCUCUCAUUCCUGUGGUAUCGCAGUGACAGUGACAGCGUCUGUUGCUUCUUUCUCACACACCGUCACCUCAACCUCUCACACACGCGCAGAGAUACCGAAGCGACAGCUCACUGGAGUAUGUUCUACAACGGGCGUUGGAUAUUACAGCCCUGAACUCUUACUUAUUUUGCAUUAUCGGACGUACACAUUUGACAGGAACUUGACGCUAAUAGAAGAGAGAUGCCGGAGGAAAAAGCGUUCCACCAGCAGGCCGUGCACAGUCCACUGGACCAGCAGAAGUCGGCGGGCGGCUCUGGUGGGGGCUCGUCCAUCCCGUGCCAGACCUGCGGGAAGCCCUGCAAGGGAGAGGUGCUGCGCGUGCAGAACAGACACUUCCACAUCAAAUGCUUCAUCUGCAAAGUCUGUGGCUGUGACCUGGCCCAGGGGGGGUUCUUCGUGCGGCAGGGCGACUACAUCUGCACGCUGGACUACCAGCGCAUGUACGGGACGCGCUGCUUCAGCUGCGAGGAGUUCAUCGAGGGCGAGGUGGUGUCGGCGCUCGGCAAGACCUACCACCCCCGCUGCUUCGUCUGCGCCCAGUGCAAACAGCCCUUCCCUCCUGGUGACCGUGUGACGUUCAAUGGGAAGGAGUGCACCUGUCAGAAAUGCACACUACCAAUGGCAGCCGACAGUCCCGCCCCCAUCCAGGCUGUGCAAAACUGCUGUGGCUGUGGGAAGGACUUUAAGAAUGAGCAGUCUCUGGUGGCCCUGGACAAGCACUGGCACCUGGGCUGCUUCAAGUGCAAAGUGUGCAACAAAGUGCUCAACGCUGAGUACAUCAGCAAGGAUGGGAUUCCCUACUGCGAGACGGACUACCACGCCAUGUUCGGCAUUCAGUGUGAGAGCUGCAAGAAGUACAUCACUGGCAAAGUGUUGGAGGCUGGUGACAAACACUACCACCCAACAUGUGCCCGGUGUGCCCGCUGUGAACAGAUGUUCGGGGAGGGAGAGGAGAUGUACCUGCAAGGUUCUAACAUUUGGCACCCACCCUGCAGGCAGGCUGCUCGGAUAGAGGAGAAGAGUAAGAAGCAGGUCCGGAUACAACUCAAUGACCUUCCCAUACAGGUUACCAGGACCUCCUCUGAAAGCAUCACCUCAGCACCAGCCUCUAGCACAUCGGGCUCCCCAAGUCGAGUCAUCUAUGCAAAGCUUGGUGAGGAACUUCUGGACUACAAGGACCUUGCUGCUCUUCCCAAAACAAAAGCGAUCUACAACAUUGACCGACCCGACAUGCUGUCCUACUCACCUUACAUCAGCUACCCAGCGGACGAGAGGGUCUACGGAGAGUCACCCCAGUUGCUAUCCCCUACUCCAACAGAGGGAGAAGGAGAGAAAUCGCCCCGUCAGAGAAGGCCCUCGAGCCCCAGUUCCAACAGCUCUCUGGGAGGAUACGGACGCUACACUCCCUCUCGUUCACCCCAAAACUACAGCAGGGCAGAACUUUACACGGGUUCCCAGUACAAUGCCCAAGCGGGGAACUCCAGCUCCCUGCCCUAUAACGGAGGAGGCAGGUAUGCCAGUGGUGGUGCUAGGGAUUCCUCCUCGCUGCCCCUGCACUGCUCUGGGGCAGGCAAACAGGGAGGGCCAUUUGGGAGUGGUGGGACAACCCUCCCUCUUAACCCCACCACCCUGGCUAUGCUUCAGCAGCACAACUACAUCCCUUACUUCAGAGGUACCGUCUCAGGUAGUGAAAGUGGUCGGAGUACCCCCAGUCUGUCCACCUACUCGCGACGGGAAGUCCCCCUCCUCCACGUACGUUGCGGCGCCCCGCCACUUCCACAUCCAGAAACUAAGGUCAAAGAUAAUAUCUAUAGAAAGCCCCCUAUCUACAAACAGCAUGCGUCCAGAACAUCAUGGCAGGAUGGAGACGAAAUCGACCGAAAGACCAGGACCAGCUGGAUGAUACUGAAGAAUGAGAUCGAUGGUCAGUCCCCUGACAGCAUGGACCCUAGGACCUCCACCCACAGUCUGCCCAUCGACACCUCACAGCCCAAUUUCCCAUAUAACAAAUCAGCUUCUCUGCCCGGUUAUGGAAGAAAUGGAAUAUAUAAGGCUGCUGAUCUUGGAGAGGAUGACCCAGACCAUGACUCCAACUGGGGAGGAAUGAGAGAGUAUAAGGUUUACCCGUAUGAAGUGCUGGCCGUCACCCACCGGGUCCGAGCGAAGCUGCCGCGGGAUGUGGACCGCACCAGACUGGAGAGGCACCUAUCCCCAGAGGACUUCUACCACGUGUUUGGCAUGACCAUCGAGCAAUUUGACCGCAUGGCCCUGUGGAAGAAGAACGACAUGAAGAAGAAAGCACGACUCUUCUGAAACGCACGCUGCAAAGAAGAGUGAAGAACCCUCUCUCUCUCUCUUUCUCUCUCUCCCUCUCUAUCUCUCUCUCUUUUUCUCUUAUCAUCUCUCGCUUCCUCUGCGUGUCCUAGUCAUUUGUCCCUGCGAGGUGUGGAGUGGGACACCUCGUUUUGAGGGGCGCCGCCGUACUGCUGAACACCUGACAUCAUACCGUCUCCAUCUGAGGGCAGGCAGAGGCAACAAAAGCUGGACUCUACUACAGCACGACUCUUAUGUCACUCUAGCGUUACUCCUAUGUUACUCUAGUGUUACUCGAGUCCUACACUGUCUGAAUGUUACCCUGGCAACAAGGGAGAGAGCAGCAUAGCUCCUCUCACGUAGCGUUCCAUUUACUUUUCUUUUUUUUGUCUUUGUUUGUUUUUGUGUUUCUUCACUGUUUUUUUUUUCUUUCUCUUUUUACUUUGUUGGAGUCUACUAUCCACAUUUCUGAGCCUCUUACAUAAGGGGUAUCUAACACUAUGCGCUCUCUCUCUCUCUCUGUUUGAUUUAUACCCAGCUCAAGGCUACCUUAGCUCUCCCAAAACUGAAAAAAUAAGAGCUUUAGCUAAUCCAACACAGACCUCUUUCUCUUUCUGUCUUUGAUGUCUUUCCACACUCGUGUUUUCUAACUCUUUUUCCAUCCAAAAGAUACUCAUCUCUCUUUGAAAAACUCACCUUCAGUUUUUCCACCGAUAGAGCUCAGAAAUGAGAACCGUCGCUAUAGGAACCUUAUGACCUAAUGAGAACUAUUCCUAAAGGGAUAUUAUGACCUAAGGGCCCUUUUGCAGGUGUGCUCCCUCUGUAAGUAACAUUUAUUGCAAUGAUAUAUGGGUUUUUCUGACUCAUCAGUUGUCUAAAAUGUCAAUGCUUCCAGGAUGGGCGUACAGAAGGGGAUGCCGAUUGGUCCCAAAACGUUUGUGGGUAUCCAAUCAGAGAGGCCAAAUGGAAACAGUUACAAGGGACCUUGAAUCUAGUGAUGGGUUUUGACAUUUAGCUGCUCUGAUCACCUAGCUUCAAGAAGUAGCUACGUCAGCAGCACUACCGUUGCUCCUUGAGCAAAUUUUCUAUUGAAAAGUGAACGAGAUCACAAAUUCAGCUUUCAGCUGGCCCACAGUUUCAACGUUCAACUGGCCAGAAGUUUUAGAUACAAACCCUAACCCAAAUGGUUUCUAGGGGAUCUCUACCCCCCCCCCCCCACCACCACCACCAUCCACCCCCACACCCCUUGUGCCCCCAUUCACUUGUUACUCUGCAGAAAGUGUGAGGAGCAAUACCACUCCUGCUAUUGUUCAUGAAGCCCCUGCUCUGGUGUGCCAGCUUCCAUCACCAGGUUCAGGGCUCUCACUGUGUCCCUCCACCACCUGACUAGUGCAUCCUCAGCGCUAGUGCAUCCUCAGCGCUAGUGCCUCUGCAGCACUAUCUCUUUGCAUGCUCUCAUUGCCAAAGACCAGGUUAGCAUCAGCCAACCAGUGCUUGGCCAGGGCCAUGUGCUUACCCAAAACUUUCUUUGAACGAGAAGCCUCCUCAAGAAAGCACCUUAUUCUAGAUUCUUCUAUUUCUGUCUGCUGUCCUCAUCGCGAGUUUGAUUUGCCAACAGUGGGGAAAAAAAGAUGCGAGUUUGUGUUUUAUUUCUAAUUUAAGCUGAUUGUCCUUGCUGUGAGUGAUUUUUAAAACUAGCGGAGCCUGGUAUCUGUUAGCUCAUUGUAACCUGCUGAAUAUACAGAUGAGUUAUAAAGUUAGCAAAGGGAGGUGGAGAGAUUGUUUAACGUUUAAGGCCUUAAAAAAAAUAACAUUUUCCUGUUUCCACAUACCCAGUUAUGAACCCAUAUUUUGGGUUGUGAAGAUGCGGAGGUCAAAUGCCAUUUAUUCAGCUAUCACAUGCGAUGACACUUUACUUGGAAGUCACACACACAUACACCCCCCCCCCCCCCCCCCCCAACACACACACACAUACACAUGUGUACACACAAUACAAACGUUUGAAUGCUAUACCUAGCAGAUACCCCUGGAUUAUUUGUCUACUGUUUUUCACUGCAUUGACUUUCUCCAUUUCCCCCUACUGUUGAUAGAACCAUGACAUGAUGUAGCUUAGACAACCUACUCAGAGCAUCAUACAAUUUUACUUAUUUGUUGAGUUCUGCACAAAACCUUAGAGAUUUGUUUAUAUUGUAUGACAAUACAUAGCAUGGGUUUCAGGGGUUUGAAAAUGUAUUAUACUUUUCUCUCUGAUAAAGAGAUGAAGUGUAUGUAUAUACAUGUUAGUCUGGUAUGCAACUGCAAGCAUCCAGAGGCACAAUGCUGUGAGCCUGUGCAGUUGGCCAUAUCAUACCAGUCAUCUCUCUGAAUCACUCCUGGGGUAAAAAUACUGAAUGAUUGUAUCACCAACUUCAUUAUCCCAGUGGAUUGCACUGAGUGUUUUAGUUCACGUGUGUGUGUGUGUGUGUGUGUGUGUGUGUGUGUGUGUGUGUGUGUGUGCGUCUGUGCAUGCUUCUCUAUUAAAAUUCUGGCAGGAAAAAGCUGGGUCUGUUUUUGUUAUGAGACAUUUAACUGAAAUGCCUGCACACUCGGCAUACAAUGUUGUAAGUCCCAAAUCCUCAUAUCAAUACACCUAUUAUGGAGACAUAUUGGCAAUGCCCCCUGCCCUCCUUAACUGUGCUAACUAGCCAUGUAAGAUAUCUGUUCUUUCCCAGCUUGUGUCCUGAUUUGAAACCAAAUUAGGCAGUUUGAACUGUUUUUUUAUACCUUGUAAAAACACGUGUCCUGCUUUGCCAACAGUGGACUUGUCUAUAUAUGUAUGUCAUGCAUAUGUGUAUGCCAAAUCAAACAUCGAGAGAACAAGUUCCUCGAAGAGCUGUGGAAGUGACAUAUCAGAUGGUAACUCUGCAGGCUGUUUCAACAUUGUAAGACAGGUGUGUGUGUGUGUGUGUGUGUGUGUGUGUGUGUGUGUGUGUGUGUGUAGGAAAGGGAGAUAUAUAGAGAGGGGGAGAGAGAUGUAGGGAGAGGUAUAUCACUGUUAUAAUAUUAUUAGAGCGUUAUUAAAAUGGAGGGGGAAUCCAGUUGCAUAGUGUGAGAAAGGCCUUCCUGCAUACAGGCGUCAUGGUGGGUUGCUUGUGUGGACUGUAUUAGUCUUAUUUGAACAGCUGUGGAAACAGGGGUGUGUGUGUGCGAGUGCUUGAGAGUGGGAGAAAACUGAUGUUUCUGUCCAAUUUUAUAUUUGUAUGUGUGUGUGUUGUGUGUGUUUUAAGCAAAGCAGGGCCACAGUUACAGACUCAGCUCCCCUGUUGCUGACCACAGAUCAGGCCAGAUAAGCCGACCUCCGAGUGCAGGAAACACCAGAGCUGUUGCCCAACUAGUUUCCUUUUAUCCCUUUAACAAACACAGCAUCCACCCACACACACACAUACACACACACACUCACAUAUGCAGACUCAUUCACAUACACACACACAUAUGCAGACUCAUUCACAUACACACACACAUAUGCAGACUCAUUCACAUACACACACACAUAUGCAGACUCAUUCACAUACACACACACAUAUGCAGACUCAUUCACACACACACACACAUAGGCCUACAAAUACACAUGACCAUACACCAAGACCACUUGCCAGAGGAAUAAUAAUAAAAAAAAAUUUGUAAUCGGUUUUAUUUUCAGUUCACUUGUUCUCUGGUCAUCCCCUUGUAAAUGUGUUUCUUGUCAAAACUGUACCAUUGCGCCACAGGAUAUUUAUUUUUGUUUUACUUGUCAGCGACUGAAAAAUAAACAAACAUGCUCAAGUCAAGUGGUCUUUGUGACAGGGUUCGGAAUUGGCAGAGUUUGCUUGUAAGUGAAGGCAACAAGCCAGACCACACAUAUAAGACAUAAUAACCAACAAAAAUGUAAGAAUGCAAUGUGUUUUGUGUCUUUGGAAUGGCUCUGUUUCACCAAAUACAUUUUUUUUAUUUUAUUUAAUGUUCUAAUAUAUAAAUAUUUUUUUCUCUCUUUUACAAAUGCAUCUUUGUGUUGCAACAGACACUUCGAAUGAUAUACAGUUACUAGUGCUUAACAAAUCUGAAUUGCCAAUUGACUACAGUUCUAACCAUUGUUUUCACUGUUUUGAGUUGUGUAUGCAAACUAACAACUGUGUUCCCUACAGGACGCAACUCUUGGUCAGUGCUGUGAUUUGAUGUGACUGUCGCUCGCCAGAAAUUAUAAAUAUGACUAUAAAGGGUUAACAUAUAAUGCUGUUACUAAAAAGCCUUUUCUUUGGCUAUCAAUUCCUUCCUUUAUUCGCUUCGCUGGUUUGCAAUAAAUACUGAUGUCCAUCUUUAAAUAAAUGUUUCAUUCAAUUAG